UUCAGGCAACCAAGAUGGCGGACUGAGCUGCUGUGGUUUUUUUAUUCGGAGCUCAAGACCAAAAGUAUCAAAAUGUACAAUGAAACGGUCACAAAAGUCCACGGCAAAUACGACAGUGGAUAUCUUAAAGAUGCACUUUCUCAAGCCCGAGCAACCGAAGUUGAGGUUGAAGGUUGAAGACGUGAUAGAAGAUGGACGACUACUGCUGUGCUAAGAUGGCGACGUCAUGUAAAGGAGAAGAUAAACGAGAAUCAACAGCGGAGAAAAGGGUGCAAAGUGCUGAUAAAGCAGGCGUCCAGCAGCCGAUUCGUCAUGACAAAUGUCCUACGCAGUCGCAGGAUGGGAGCUCCACUCCACAGCCCCUCCACCUUAAAGAGGAAGAGGAGGACCUUUGGAUCACUCAAGAGGGAGAGUGUCUUCUAGGGCCGGAGGAAGCGGAUCUCACUGUUUUCUCUGUGAAGCCUGAAGAUGAUGAAGAGAAACCACAACCAGACGACCUCUUAGCUCCACUAUCAGAUAGUGAGGCUGAAGAUGGGGUUGAAGUAACUUUGAGCAGCGAUACAGACUGUGAAGGCGAUAUGAGGACUGACAACAAACACUCUGAAUGUUCUGAAAAGAAGACCGGUAAAAAACCUUUUAGCUGCUCGAUUUGUGCAAAAAGCUUCACUAAAAAGGGCAAUCGUACUCAACACAUGAAAACACACUUGGAAAAAAACCCAUUCGGUUGUUCAGUUUGUGUUAAAACAUUCUUUAAAAAGUCCGAUCUGGUAAACCACUUGAGAAAGCACACGGGAGAAAAACCUUUCAGUUGCUCAGUUUGCGGCGAAAACUUUUCUUACAGGCGAAGUAUGACUCGGCACAUGCUGAUACACGCCGGAGAAAAACCCUUCAGUUGUUUAUUUUGCGGGAAAAGAUUCUCUCUAAAAUACCCGAUGAAACGUCACAUGUCAACGCACACGGGCGAAGAACUGUUUUGUUGCUCAGUUUGUGGCGAGAACUUUUUUAACAGGCCAAGUUUGACUCAGCACAUGCUGAAACACACCGGAGAAAACGCCUUCACUUGCUCAGUUUGCGGCGAGGGAUUUACUCAGAAGGAACCCUUGGAAGCGCACAUGGCGACGCAUACGGAAGAGAAACCUUUCCGUUGCUCAGUUUGCAGCGCAAGUUUCCCCCACAGGCAAAGUUUGACUCGUCACAUGCUGAAGCACACUGGAGAAAACCCCUUCAGUUGCUCAAUUUGCGGUAUCACCUUUACUCAAAAGGAAACCAUGGUAACGCACAUGGCAACACAUACGGAAGAAAGAGCUUUCCGUUGCUCAGUUUGUGAUGAAACCUUUGCUUACAGACAAAGUUUGACACGACACAUGCUGAAGCACACUGGAGAAAACCCCUUCAGUUGCUCGGUAUGUGGUAUCACAUUCACUCAGAAGGAAACUAUGGAAACACACGUGGCGACGCACACAGAAGAAAAACCUUUUCGUUGCUCAGUAUGCAGCGCGAGCUUUCUUUACAGACAAAGUUUGACUCGACACAUGCUGAAACACACCGGGGAAAACCCCUUCAGUUGUUUAGUUUGUGGUAUCACCUUCACUCAAAAGGAAACCAUGGUAACGCACAUGGCAACACAUACGGAAGAAAAAGCGUUUCAUUGCUCAGUUUGUGGCGAAAGCUUUGCUUACAGACAAAGUUUGACGCGACACAUGCUUAAACACACCGGAGAAAGACCCUUCAGUUGCUCAGUAUGCGGUAAGAGUUUCUCUGUGAAAUACACUAUGAUAAAACACGAGAGAACGCACUCAAAAGAAAAGCACUUUAGUUGCUCAGUCUGUAGUAACAUAUUUACUGAGAAGGAGACCAUGGUAGCACAUAUGCAAACGCACACAGAAGAGAAUCCCUUUUCCUGCUCGGUUUGUGGCGAACGAUUCGCUCGGAAGGAAGACAUGGCAACACACAAGCGAAUGCACACAGCAGAAAAACCCUUUCGUUGCUCAGUUUGCGGCAAAAGAUUUACUCUGGAGGCAAAUAUGGUGACGCACGCGGGAACGCACAAAGAAGAAAAACUCUUUGGUUGCUCAGUGUGCGGCGAAAGCUUCUAUCACCGACGGAAUUUCACCCGACACAUGCACAAGCACACCGGAGAAAAACCUUUCGGUUGUUUAGUUUGCGGUAAGCGAUUCACUAUCAAAAACUCCAUGGAAAGACACGUCAGAAAGCACAACGGGAAGAAACCCUUGAGUUGCUCAGUUUGUGGUAAAAGGUACUUUGACAAAAGAGCUAUUUUUGCACACAUGAAAACACACAAUAUUGAUAUUUUAGACGCCCGAUUGGGGGUCAAAGUUAUACUUGGAAGAAAAGAAUGACACACAACUUAGAAUAAAAGUAUGUGUUCAAAGAUUGUCAAAUUAUAGAAGUGUAUGAUACCAGAUUCCCUCAUUAGUUACAGUAACUGCACACCGAAUUGAAGAAAUAAAUCAUCAGCCAACUUUGAUUGGUUGAGAACAACAGGGAUGGUGUCUUCCUCACUUGCAUUCUUUUGGCCUUCAUCAAUGAUCAUAAAAGUGUGUUUGUGUUGUGACAAUGUUGUACAAUAUUGUUGUACAUGCACACAAAGUGUAAGUUACAACAUAUCCUCUAUGUUCAACAACACUUGCACUUGUUUUAAUGCCGUUAUAAGACAAAGAAAAAAUGAAGUAGACAAUGACUGUGGUGUCCUCUUUUCGGACAGGAGAUUUUUGAUUUUGUUAAUGUGUUGUUGUAAAUAUCUUAAGGACUCAAUAACAGCAGACUUGAGCUGGCACAAAAUGUAGUACGUCCCAGAUUUAUAGCACGAGUAUGUGAUGUACAAUUGACAUAAUAACAUGUGCCAUAAUAUAUAACGUAAUAAAAUUGUGCUACAACCUCA